AUGUUAGUGAAUUCCACAACCGCCUCAACCCCCACACCCGGUUCGAGCUCCUCGACCAGCAACACUUUGGAACCACCCCACACCAUAUCAACCAAUUCCUCAUCAUCACAAUUGCAUCAACAUUUGCAACAACAUCAACAACACCAACAACAACAUCAACGUGAAAGUCAUGCAUCCUCUUCGUCGGUUUCGGCUUCCUCAUCGGCACAAUCCUAUACGCAGGUUCAUCAACAGCAAUAUUUGUCCGCUAAUUUAAAUUCACGUCCACCCUCACGUGCUCCUUCAAUUUUGGAUAGUCCAACAUUGGCACGUGUAGAACGUGCCCGUCUCCGUUUGGAAGCAUCCGCUCAGCAGCAGCACCAGCAAUCAGGAAAUUUAAAUGGCAGUUGUGGCAGUAACAUAAACACACUGAAUCGCGAGGAUAGUUUGGAGCGUUCAAUAUUGGAUCCAAAGCAAAAAGAUGUACCCUGGCAUCAGGUAUGGACACAUAUGAAACGUUUGUCUCACGCCUCCAAAGUGAAUUCGACGACAACGUUAUGUGCCCAGAAAACCGAUCUCACGACGACGGGCAAAUCCAUAAUAUUUCCCGAUAGAACAGCCUCCCUCAAAGAUUCGUUGUGUGCGCAGCAGGUGUUUUCAAGGCCAGAUAUGGUAGGCACAACAAACACAACUACUAUUCUAAUUUUCUUGUAUG